AUGGAGGAUAAACAACAACAACAACAACAACAUUUGGUAUCAAAGGAUAUAUUUGUUGAGAAGACUUUAAAGUUGUUGGAUAUAGAGAAGGAAUCAGAGAUUGAGUUAUCGGUCAGUUUACAGAGUACUUUGUCAAAUAGAGAGUUGGAACUAAAGGGAAUAUGUAUAAGGAAGUUAUGUUUGGAAUCGUUCUCAACUGGUUUGGGUGGACGUUCAUUGGUCAGAUUAAUACCCGCCGCAUCAAAGUCUAAACAGCAAGGAGAUGGCGGCGGAGACCUGCCCCCUCACAAGUUCACUCCGGGUGAUGUCAUUGGACUGCGCACAUCCAAAGCCAAGCCAGGCACUGCGUUGCUCACGGGUGUUGUGUACAGAGUGGAGAGGAACAAGAUAACAGUGUCAUUCGAUGAUAUAUCCGAUGCGAUAUUGGAGGAGUUGGAGUCGGGCACGUUCGCCAUCGACAAAUUGGCCAAUGACAUAACAUAUCGAAAGAUGCGCGAGGCUGUCGAGCGACUGAGAAUGAACCAGUCAUCUGGAUCCGCCACACCAUCAUCAUGUGCGCCAUGUCACAAUGUUGUCCAGGCGAUAUUCAGUGGCAUCAAGCCAACACAUACAGACGCGCUGCCCAAGGUCCAGCCACUGAACACAGGACUCAACCAGCCACAGGUCGAUGCCAUCCGCUUCGCCCUGUCAUCCAACGAGAUUGCACUCAUUCACGGACCACCUGGCACGGGAAAGACUACAACCGUUGUUGAGUUCAUUGUCCAGGUGUGCAAGGGCGGAGGCAAGGUCCUUGCCUGUGGACCAUCCAACCUCUCUGUGGACAACAUGCUGGAACGACUGAUACAGUAUCCGGGCGUGGUCAACCCCACGAGAAUUGGACAUCCUGCUCGUAUCCUGCCUGGUCUCACUAAGUACACACUGGAUCACAAGACCAAGAACAGAGACGAUGCCCUGCUGCUCAAGGAGAUGCGUCGCGAGAUCUCCACCAUUCUCAAGUCAUUGCGCGAUGGAAAGAUCGACAAGAGUGAGCGACGCAAGGCAUAUGCCGUGGUCAAAGACCUGCGCAAAGAUAUCAAGCAACGCGAGACAUCAAUCAUGGAGCAAGUGAUCAGGAACUCCAAUGUGAUCCUGUCCACCAACACUGGAGCCAGUGACUACUCAAUCAGAGACCGCGAUGACUUUGAUUGGGUGAUCAUUGAUGAGGCAGCUCAAUCACUCGAGGCCAGCUGCUGGAUCCCCAUUCAAAAGGGCAAACGACUGCUGCUCGCAGGUGAUCACCAGCAGCUGCCACCAACCAUUCACUCGGACCAGGCCUCCAAGGACGGUCUGUCCACUACAUUGUUUGAGCGAUUGAUCAAGGCGUGGGGCGAUGACAUAUCCCGUCUGCUUUCAGUGCAAUAUCGUAUGAAUCAAGCGAUCAUGCAGUGGUCAUCAAAUGAGUUCUACAAUGGCAGGAUGGUGGCUCAUGGAAGUGUCAAGCACCGUCUCCUCAUUGACAAGUCGGCCAGCAAUCGUGUGGCCACCUCAACUACAUGUCCUCUGAUGAUGGUCGAUACGAGUGGACUUGGCAUGGAGGAGUCGGCUGAUAAUGAGUCCGAGUCCAAGUUCAAUAUUGGCGAGGCUGAUCUGGUCAAGCGAUACGUGGACAAGCUGAUCAAGUAUGGAAUACAACAGGAGAGCAUCGGUGUGAUCACGCCCUACAAUGGACAGGUCAAACAGUUAAAGUCAACGUUGGGUGACUACAAGGCCAUUGAGAUUGGAACAGUAGAUGGUUUCCAGGGUCGUGAGAAGGAGGUCAUUGUGCUCUCAUUGGUACGAUCGAAUCCGCCUCCACACAAGGUUGGUUUCCUGGCUGAGGAUCGAAGAACGAAUGUUGCCGUCACCAGAGCCAAGCGACAGGUUGCAAUCAUAUGUGACAGCGAGACCAUAUCAUCAUAUCCAUUCCUCGAGAGAAUGGUCACCUACUUCAAGACCUAUGGUGUGUUCCGUUCGGCAUUGGAGUACACUGAGGAGUAUCAAACAUCUGAUGAUGAGACAUGGGUGAGGGAGGAAGAUGACACAGAAACAUCCACAACAUCAACGACAACAACGACGACGACGACAGCCUCCAAGGCAAGGACAUCAGUGGCGGAGCAAAAGAAGGAGAGGAAGAAAAAGAAGAAGCAAGAUGAGUUGGCCAAGAAGGAUUUGGAUGAUCUCAAUAAUCCCGAGAAGGUGAAACAGAUGGAGCACAUCAAGGUGAUCGUUGAGAGCUUCAUUCAAUCAUCCAAUGAGGUGCACACAUUCCCCGCCUCAUUAUCAGCCUACCAACGAUUGAUAGUUCAUCAAAUGGCUGAGCUGCACAAACUCAAUCACGAGAGUACAGGUGAGGGUGAUAAGAGGAUCAUCACCAUCACAAAGAAGCCAUCAACAAAGUCGGCACAGACACCAUCACAACAACAAGUUGACAAUGAAGAGGACGAAGAGGUGGAUGAUGAAGAUGAGGAGGAUGACAGCGAGGAGGAAACAAACAUUGUGGCAGGUGCCAACAAUACAUCGACGGCUACUGGAAAGAAAAAGAAACCAGCCAAGAGUCCAAACGCCAGUGCUGGAAAGAAGCCACCAGCCAAGAAGAAGAAGAAGCCAGCCACACCAAAGAAAGACCUUGGUGAGGAGCUGCUCAGCAACUUCAACAACCUGGAAGUUUCUCAAAUCGACCUGAACGUAUGUGGAGUCAAGAAUUGCACGGCCAAUGUGAUACUGCUUGGAAGGAUAUGUGAGUUCUGCUUGAGAAAGUAUUGUAAUCAGCAUGCACUAUUUGAAAUACACGGAUGUGGAGCACAGGCCAAACUGAAGGCUAGAAAGGACUGGUUCGAUGCCUAUGCAAAGUCGAGCAAAGAUGAGAAGACACAUAAUAAGCUACAACAGGCUAUUCAGGAUGCAGAGUCCACCAGGAGGAAGAAGGCCACUGACAAGAAGACAAAGAAAUAA